AUGGCUAGCGCCAUGCCACUCGCAGAAGACAACACGUCGCAGACGACCCUACCCAUCGCGGGACAGACUGGCCGUCCACAGAAGCUAGAUCCCAAGAAGACGGGGUUCUUUGACUUGCCAGCCGAGCUCAGGAACGAGAUCUACGCAAUCACCCUCAUCAGACCACGAAAGCUAUGUAUCCGAGCAAUUGGCGUUGAUCGCACACCCAAAGUGCGCCUUGUCAAUACCCGCAUCUACACUUCGGUACUCCGGACCUGCAAGACCAUCUACGAGGAAGCCACGCCUGUCCUCUACGGCGCCAAUACCUUUCUCACAAGCUGCGAUGAUACGUCGUGGCAUUUUCUCAACAUGAUCGAUCGCUCCCUCGAGCAUGUUCGCCUCUUCGAGAGCACUGACACCGUUCAGCUUGAAAUCUGGAAGCGAAUAUUGGCUGUGAAAAGGCAUCUGAUGUUGGACCCGGACGACGAAAAUAUCGGGUGGAGAUUAGGGAGGGCCGUCCACGACUUGGAUCAGAGCCGAAUGCUAGGCGAGAAUGGUCACAAUGCGCCGGCGAGCCAAAUGGACAUCAUCGCGAUCGCAUCGUCCGUCAAGGAGGUGCGGCCUGGGAUUGCGCGCCGUUGUCGUACCUCAGAAGGUUCAAUGCCUUACGACAACAUCGCCAUCCUCUGGCUACUCGCCACGCACGCCGGCCUUCUCAUAGCCCUCACCACCACCCUCGCCCUCCCGACCCUGAAUCCCCUCAAAGCCAACGAGUAUCGAGUGGGAUUCUUCGACCUACCCGCAGAGAUCCGCAACAGGAUCUACGAGCUCGCGCUCACGAGGCCGCGGACACUCAGCCUGUGUACGACCUUUCAACACGGCAGACUUGUCCUGCGCCUGAACACCACACGGAUUUUCCCCUCCAUCCUCCUCGCUUGCGCCACGACUCAUCGUGAAGCUACUCCCAUACUCUACGGCGCGAACAAGUUCUCUGUUCGAUGUCAUGACACGGCGUUCUUGUUCCUGAUCCGUAUCGGACACUCGGUGAAGUUCGUCAAGGCUCUCAAGAUCGAAUGGGAUGCCUGCUCGGUUGGCAUGGCGGCGUUGAAGUUUGCUGUAUCUCUCGGGGGAUUUGACGAACCGGGGCAUCGCGAGGCUCAAUGGCAGAUUGCUGUUGUCUUUCAAGAGCUAUACGAUGGGGGACAGCGCAACUUCGGCAAGCCGCAGAUUUUGGAUCGGUUUGAGUCUGCAACAGCAUUCGUGCACUCGAACACCACGCUAUCGAGUUGCGCAUAA